CUUGCGCGCGCAUUCACGUGACCGUCUGCUCUGAGGCAAGUAGCAGCACAGCAGAAAGGCAGCACUGCGGUUCUGUAUUGACUAUUUGAGUAGACUUUUAAACGUACGUUUUCCAUUUGACGUUCGCUGCCAACUAAACAGGAUGUUUUCGCUCGGAGAGAAGAUGGAGUUUCUCAUCGGAAACGCCUUUUCAACACCUGUUGGUCAGAGAAUUGAGCGAGCAACCAGUGGCUUUCUGCAGUCAGAGGACUGGGGGCUCAACAUGGAGAUAUGCGACAUCAUCAAUGAGACAGAUGAAGGGCCAAGAGAUGCAGUCAAAGCCAUUAAGAAGAGAAUUGUCGGUAGCAAGAACUUCAGAGAAAUCAUGUUGGCCCUUACAGUUCUUGAGUCAUGUGUGAAGAACUGCGGCCACCGCUUCCAUGUCCUUGUGGCGUCACAGGACUUUGUCGAAGGCGUUUUAGUGCGUGCCAUUUUACCCAAAUAUAACCCACCCACUGCGUUGCAUGACAGGGUGCUCAGUCUCAUACAGUCAUGGGCUGAUGCCUUUCGUACUUCCCCCUCCCUCGCGGGGGUGGUGUAUGUUUAUGAUGACCUAAGGAGACGAGGUUUGGAGUUUCCCAUGACAGAUCUGGACGCUCUAUCCCCCAUUCACACUCCCAGCAGGACCGUCCCAGAAAAUGAGACGACCGAGACAACGGGUGCUCCUCCCUGUCAGUUACAAGCACAAACUCUUCCCAGUUCUCCCACUCAAAAUUCUUCCCCUGUAUUGCCGCCCAGCGAGCAACCUAGCCCCCUCUCUGGAGAGCAGAAAGAGAAGCUACAAAAAGAGCUGGCGCUGGUUAAGGGAAACCUCACUGUAAUGUCGGAAAUGCUGAAUGAGCUGAAACCAGGACAAAACCAGCAGGAUGAUACGGAACUGCUACAGCAACUAUACUCGGUAUGUAAGAACAUGCAGACUCGGGUGGUGGAGCUCAUCCCUCGGUUGCUGGAUGAAGGACUCAUUGAGGAGCUUCUUGUGGUUAAUGAUGACCUCAACAAUGCCUUCAUCCGCUAUGAGAGGUUUGACAGACUUAACAAGGCACAAACUACACGUGGGGAAGAAAGUUCUGUGGGCAGCCCGAACCUCGUCGACCUUAACCUAGAGUCUUCAACGUUGAGCCAGCCGGCUGUCAUUGCAACAACCAUCCAACCUGAUUCCAACACUCAGUCUGCCAGUCAGAGGCAGUCAGCAAACCACAAAGAAGAGGAAGAGUUUGACAUGUUUGCCCAAACCCGAGGCAAAUCCUUAGCAGAGCAGAGAAAAAGUGUCAAGUAUGAGGACCCAGGAGCUGUAGAGGGCCUUGCUGGGGCCCUGGACUCAAGGUUGCAGGUCACAAGAAGUACGACGCAAGGGAAAAACACACUGCAGAACAAUGAGGAUAAAUGGCUGUCUUGUCAUACGGAAGACCAGUCCGCUGUCAGCGAGGGAGUCUCCAGUGAAGAAUUUGAUCAAUUUUUAGAGGACCGUGGAAAAUCGUCAGAGCAGAGUAACCGUACGACGUGUGACACAUUGCCCUCCACCUCUAGACUGACGCCGCAAUCGACAAGGCCACAGGACAGAUCACAUGAUCAGCUUUUUUCACUCUAGGCUGAAAGGCAAGCCCUUAGACUGAAGCAUAUGUAUACAGGGCCUCUAAUGUUUUCACCAAGCAGUUCAGUUCACCUUGUCAUGAUACAAUUUGGAAAAUCAAAUUUAAGGGUACCCCGCCUCUCGCCCGAAGACAGCUGGGAUAGGCUCCAGCACCCCUGCGACCCUCGGGAGGAAAAAGCAGUAGAAAAUGAAUGAAAAUUUAAGGGUGGUAUUGCCAUAAUUACUAUCAGUUAUGUAGUGAAAUAGUGUGGCUCGGCAUAGGCCGGUGUGAGGAAUGAUGAUAACCUUGGGCAGAAAUACGGUUUCACUGUAUUAUAAUUACAUCCCAAAAAUGUGUUAUUUUUUUUAAUGUCUUUAUUGAAAGGAAGAGAGUACAACGGAACAUAUUAAUUGGAUUAACUGAAUUUCUUAUGGGAAAAAUUGACUCAGUUAGUAUCUGUUUUGGUUACAAUGGAUGUGAACCAAGGUUGCGCUGUAAAAAAAAAAAUUCCCCCGAUUUUUUUGGUGCCCCCAAUCCCCCCCAAUUCAAAGUUGUCUUGUCAAACCAAAGUCAAAGUUUACUUGUAUAACAUAGCACCUUACAACAUCCCAAUGGUGCUCAGGGUGCUUUAAAAGAAUAAAAAAACAACUUAUAACAAAUAAGAACAGAGUGAGAUCAAAUUAAGAACUUAAUAUAUAUACACUAUCAUAAGCAAUUAUAGUAUUCUGGAUGUGAUGUCGUCUGCGACAGUGCAUUUGUAGUUUUGGUAUCCCUCACAUUUGACAGUACAAACGCAAAAAAAAAAAAUCCAUGUAAAGCCAUACUGUGAGCUGAACUGUAUUGCUUGGGAGACUUAUGUACGCUUCUAGAAAGACCUGCACUACACCACUGCUGUUUAUUUACUUUGUGUGCAUAUUUAUUAUUACAUGCAUUAUUAUGCUGUUGAUUCAAACAUUUGAUUUAAAUCUAAGUGUGUGGAAAAAGUAUUUCCAGAUUGUUUAAAAUACAGUAGCUUCACAUCACCAUUGUUUGCCUUUGAUCCAUACUCUACAUUUUAUACAGGCAAAAUAAAUGUAUGGUCAAUGUAUGUUUUGUGCUCCUUAUUAAAA